AUGUGUGUGACCCAGGUUCCCACUGUCACAGGAGGGGUGUUCCUUUUUACUACCGACUGUCACACGAGGUGUGUCCUGGUUACCACCAACUGUCACAUGCAGCAGUCCCUGGGCAAUGUGAAUGUCAUAGGUGGGUUUCCCUGGUUACCACCGACUGUCAGAGGUGAGUGUACAUGGCUACCACUGACUGUCACAGGAGGGCUGUCCCUGGGUACCAUUGUCACAGGAGGGGUGUCCUUGGUUACCACUGGCACAGGUUGUGUGUCCCUGGUUACCACUGUCACAGGAGGUGUGUCCGUGGUUACCAGUGACUGUCACAGGAGGGGUGUACCUGGUUACCACUGUCACAAGUGUGUUUCCCUGGUUACCACUGACUGUCAUAUUUGUGUGACCAGGAUUCCCACUGUCACAGGAGGGUUGUUCCUGUUUACCACCGACUGUCACAGGAGGUGUGUCCCUGGUUACCACCGACUGUCACAGGCCGGUGUCCCUGGGCACUGUGAAUGUCAUAGUUGGUUUUCCCUGGUUACCACCGACUGUCACAGGAGGUGUGUUCCUUUUUACCACUGA